UGCUAUGAAACGAUCAGGGAAUUAGCCGCCCUGUGCUCGCGCGUGUUAAGCCAGGGGUUCCGGGAGCGCGCGCGGAUUGUCCACCAUCUCAGCCCCUCGCCAGGCUGUGCACCUCGCGCGUCUUGUCAUCCAUCUCCAUAGCGAAGGACUGAUCCUCCACGAACACUGAGGGAUGAAACGGAAAAGAACAUAUGCCUGUCACCACAGAAAUGAGUGAGUCGUCGUCCAUUCACUCGGCGAAGCUUGUUUCACUGGCCCGAUCGCUGUCCGGGCUUGGGUUUGAUGCUGCCAAUGGAGGCCCUAUCAACCCCCCUGACAAUGACGAGCCCCCUCCUCCGGACUCUGGCAUUGAUCUUGGACCUGGGCUUUUUUUCACUGAUGGCAAGAGAAAAGUGGACUACAUUCUUUGCUACAAAUACAAAAAAAGGCGGGGGUCCAAGGCACGUCUUUCCAUUGCAUCCAAUGGGAGUAUACCAAUACAGAUACAGGGCCGAUCGGAAACAGAAGCAGAGUCUGGGGAGGCAGGUGCACCUGCUGGAGAUGUGGAGGAGUCAAAGCUGUCCGAGGAGGAAAAGGCUUUAAUGAGGCAGGAGUUUGAAGCGGGUCUACUGGAAGCUGGACUGCAGAUUGAGCGUGAUAAAGAGAGGUCAAAUGGCAUUGGGUUUAUCCGGCUGCACAUCCCAUGGUCAAUACUCAGUCGGGAAGCAGAACUUCAAAAGAUCAAAGUUGCUGUGAAAAAGAAGUGCGAGUUGCGGAAACGGAUGGGCAUCGCCGGCGUAUGGGAUUCCUUUGUCGCCAAAGUCAACACACCGUUUCAACCGGACGUCCCUGACUUUGACAUCCACAAAGACGAGCAGACUCACAUCCAUUUAAAAACCCUCAAACACCCGUUUAUCAGGGACAAGCUUCACCUGUAUGACAUCAAGUCAACAGACACUGUUUUUGAUAAUGCAACGCGCAGCAGAAUAGUGGCUGAGAUUAUUUCACGCACUACCUGCAGACAGACCUGCCAAACCACUGGCAUCAGCUCAUUAUUGGCUCGGGGUGUCUAUGACUCUGCCUUCCCUCUGCAUGAUGGGUCGUUCACAAGGAGAGGACGGAAAGAUCAGCGAAAUGACAGACAGCUCCUUCAUGAAGAAUGGGCUAACUAUGGAGUCAUGCAUAAAUACCAGCCUGUGGACUUGAUCAGGAAGUACUUUGGAGAGCAAAUUGGGUUGUAUUUUGCCUGGCUGGGUGUUUAUACUCAGUUCCUUAUCCCUCCCUCCGUACUGGGCAUCAUUGUCUUCCUGUACGGCAUACUCACUGUGGAUGCCAAUGUGCCAAGCCAGGAGACAUGCGAUGACAGUCUGAACAUCACCAUGUGUCCACUGUGUGAUGGAGUGUGUGACUACUGGCGUCUGAGUACUGUGUGCUCACUGGCACGAGCGUCAUACCUGUUCGACAAUGGAGCCACUGUUCUCUUUGCUAUUUUCAUGUCACUGUGGGCUGCCUGUUUCCUUGAGCACUGGAAAAGGCGACAGAUGUGUCUGAAACAUACCUGGGACCUGACAAGCUUGGAGGAUGAGGAGGAACGAGUUCAGGAGGAGCUGAGGCCUGAAUAUGAAGAAGCUCUACAGGAGAAAAAAGCAAAGAUGAAAGCUCAGUCAAAGAAGAAGGCGACUCAGGCUGAGGAUGGCGUAGAUGGAGAAACAGACCGGAUGCUUGCUUCCCAGCGAGAGCCAGAGUCCUUGGACAUUGAGGAUCACCUGUCAGGUUAUCUCAUCAAUGUGUCCACCUUACUACUACUGAUCUUUGUGACCUUCUCAGCGGUGUUUGGGGUGGCAGUUUAUCGUAUCUGCAUGUUAAGCGUGUGGUCCAUGAACCCUGAUCCUGAAGCCAAGGCCAGUGUGAGGAUGACCGUCACCACCACGGGCAUCAUCUUGAACAUGCUGGUCGUUCUGGUGUUGGAAGAGGUCUAUGGAGCGAUCGCCGUGUGGCUGACUGAACUGGAACUUCCUAAGACAAAGGAAGAAUUUGAAGAGAGGCUGAUCUUUAAGUCUUUCUUUCUCAAAUCCAUGAACGCCUUUGCACCUAUUUUCUAUGUGGCCUUCUUCAAGGGAAGGUUUGCUGGGCGGCCUGGCGAUUAUGUUUACGUCUUUGGAGACUACCGCAUGGAGGAGUGUGCUCCACCAGGCUGCCUCAUCGAGUUGUGUAUCCAACUCAGCAUGAUUAUGCUCGGAAAGCAGCUCAUCCAAAACAAUGUGUUUGAGGUUCUUAUACCUAAGCUGAAAAAGAUGUACAGAACAAUACAAGAAGAACAAGGAAAGAAAAGAGCAGCAGAAAACAAUGAGGAGAAUGAAGAAGAGAAGAGACCAAAGCAACAGUUUGAGAAAGAUUUUGUCCUUGAACCUUUUGAAGGCGUGAGCCCAGAGUACAUGGAGAUGAUAAUCCAGUACGGGUUCGUGUCUCUGUUCGUGGCCUCCUUCCCACUGGCUCCAGCGUUUGCUCUGCUCAACAACGUCAUUGAGAUUCGUCUCGAUGCUGCAAAAUUUGUCACCGAGAUCCAACGUCCUGAUGCCGUGAGGUGUAAAGACAUAGGGAUUUGGUACAACAUUCUCUGUGGAAUCAGCAAGUUCUCUGUCAUUACCAAUGCAUUCGUCAUCUCCUUCACAUCAGAGUUUGUUCCACGAAUGGUUUACCAGUACAUGUACAGUGUAAAUGGCACCAUGAAUGGCUACACAGAGCACUCGCUGUCCUACUUCAAUGUCAGCAACUUCCCACCUGGCACUGCGCCCACCACGACCCUCAUCACAGGAGUCUCCAUGUGCAGGUAUAAGGACUACAGAGACCCACCGUGGGAACCAGACGCCUACACCUUCUCGAAACAGUACUGGUCUGUCCUGGCUGCCAAACUGGCUUUUGUGAUAUUCUUCCAGAACCUUGCUAUGUUCCUCAGCAUGUUGGUUGCCUGGAUGAUCCCAGAUGUACCACGAUCUCUGCGUGAACAGUUGAAGAAAGAGAACAUGAUGCUGAUGGAGUUUCUGCUGAAUCAAGACCAAGAAGCACAUAUCAAAUCUCGCUCCCCAAAACGCACCAACUCCUGCUUUCCUGGAAAUAUCGACAUUGUGGUGGAGGCACCUCCUGAAGAAGAACCAGAGCAGAAGCAAAUAGAGAUGGAGGAGGAAGCAGUAGGGUUCGACAUUAGUGUAGAUGAACAGAGAAAGACCAAGGACAGUGAUCCAGAGAUUGGGAAGUCAUUCGAAGAAGUUGAUGAAAAUACACAGGAAGAGCAAAGAGGUGAAGGAGAAGAGGAGGUUAGAGAGGUAGAAUUGAAAGAAAGGGGGAAAAAUGGAGAAGUGACUGAAGAAGAUGGAAGUGUUAUCAAUGAACAAGAAGGAGGAGAGGAAAAAGAAGAAAGUGAAGAAAGAAAAGUAGAAGAAAAAGAGGCGACAGCAGCUGAGAAUUUCACUGUCGAUCUGGAUUCUUUCAUGAGCGAGCUUGGCUUGUUAGAUGAAGAACCCUCAUCGAGCUCAGCUACGACUACAGAGCUUCCCCGCUCGGGUUCCAAACAGGAAUACCAGAAAGACCAGGAACCUGUGUCACUGCCAUCAUCUAAAAGAGGCUCAUCUCAGAGUCUGAAGAGCUCCAGGGCCGACAUUACAACAUCAGAUAUUGACACCAGGCUCUUCACGCUAAUUGCUCCCCCUCCCAGAGAGUUAGUCUCAAGGGCAAAGGCCCGCUGCUCCACCCUGCCUUCCCGCCACAGAGGGGCUGAGGCUUGUUACAGCCUGCCACGGCCCAGCCACUCCACCAGCCUCACAAGGUUCCAGCAGACGGCCACACUUACUCCCCUGGUUCCACUGGACUGUCCGUUAUCAGCCUCGACCAACCCAUUCUCUUCACCACGCACACCGGUGUCACCGUCGUCUCCACCUCCCACACAGUCCUCAUCAGCCCAACAGCCCAAAGCUCCCAGUGAACUAUUCGUGCUGAAAGGCCCUCCGCCGCAACAGCCUCGCUCCCGGGGCAAAGCCCGUUGCUCCACCCUGCCUCCACGGCAAAGAGCCCCUGGUCCUGAGGAGCCCUCCGCCAAGCCUAGUCAUUCCACCAGCUUGACGAAGCUGGGGGGCCGCAUCCCACCUUCCCCCAGUGAACUGAAGCGUAACACGCCAGUAUGAGAAAAGCUGGAAGGCAAGGGAAAGGGACAGAGGGUGGCAGAGGGAGGGGGAGGACUAUCCAGAUUAGCCUCUCCUGUCUGUGCCCGCAGCCUCAACCCUCCUUCUGUCUUCCCUAUCUGCACACAUAAUACCUGGGGUCUGAAGCGAGACCAUCUUGAUCACCAGAAUGUCCUGUUUAUCCUCUUACUCUUCACAGCACAGGGAUGUUUAUGCUCUGGGCUGAGGGCUGGUCUAGACAAGGGGAGUGAAAAACAAUCCAUAGAAAGACUGCUCUGAAACUCUAUCUGCCAUGCCCUAACAAAAUACCAUUGAACUGAACUCUUUGUUUGUUUGUUUUUGCCCACAGACACAGCUCAGUAGCCACUGCUCUUCUGUUGUUUUCAGUCCCACACUAGCACAGCUAGUAUCAAGUAGAUCUACUGUUUAUUUCUAGAGGUUUUGAUAUAUAAAAAAAUGUAAAAUUAUAAUAAAAGAAGGACAUAUUUUUGAAAUCUGUUUUUCCUUCUGAACUUCCAUGGGUUAUUUUAUGUUGUAUUUGUGUCAUGAUACCUUUGCUCACGGGCUUCAAUUACUGACUGGAAACUUUAAAAAUGGAAGUAUCACAUUAAUUGCAGUUUCCGUUAAGAAAUAACCCAUAUUCAGCAUCAAUAAGAGGCAACAAAUAACAUCAUAUAGCCAAUGCCUCCUUUCAGAGAUGGCAAGCUGAACAAACAUGAGACCAACAACAACAACACAACAUUCAUAACAUUAGUAAAUGCUCAUUGGUUGGUAGUGACAGCAUCACUACUGAUGGUCCUAUUGUGUAGUCUGUGUUGCCCCCCUCUGGUGUAUAGUGAAACACCAAGAAAUUAUUCUUGUGUUUAAAUGUGGAUACUCAGUGAUGUGUUGCUUUUGUAUCGCU